CUCUUUGCGUGCCUCCCACAGCUUGGAACGCCGUACUGGAACGAUCCUGUAGAGGGGGGCCGUGCGCGAUGGCAGCUGGCAGGAGUUGUUGCUCUUACUCUAGGCACCACCGGUGUAAGCGUGCUAUUCAAUUUCUUGGGACGCGAUUUCUUCAACGCCCUGUCUGAAAAGGAUGCAGAGCGCUUCACCCAGAUGCUGAUCAAGUGGCUGGGAGGCGUUGUGCUCGGUGUCCCAGUCUUCGUAUUCAGGGACUAUGUCCAGUCACGGCUGGCGCUUGACUGGCGAGACUACAUGACGCGGCGCCUGACCGAGGACUACUUUCGGAACCGCACUUUCUAUCAGAUCCAGUCCGGGACCUUGAUUGACAACCCCGAUCAGCGCAUAUCAUCAGAUGUCAGGCAGUUUACAGACACCGCUUUGGGUUUCUCGAUGACUAUACUGAACGCGGGCGUGGACCUUAUUUCUUUCUCCGGCAUCCUGUACUCUAUCUACCCGCCCCUCUUUGUGGCGCUCCUCAUCUACUCUCUGGGCGGCACGGCAACCUCUGUCUUCCUGGGCCGCAAGCUGGUCGGCCUCAACUUCCAGCAGGAGGCUCAGGAGGCUAACUUCAGGUUUGGGCUGGUGAGGGUGCGGGAGAAUGCGGAGAGCAUUGCCUUCUAUGGGGGAGAGGAGAGCGAGGCCAAGUUGCUAUUCCAGCGGCUGGGCAAGGUGGUGGCCAACUACGGGGACCUGCUUGUCACCUCCAGAAAUCUUUCAUUCUUUACUUCCUUCUACAGGCAAAUUUUGCCAGCUGCUGUGGUGGCUCCGCUGUUCUUCAGGGGGGAGAUUGAGUUUGGGGUCAUCAACCAGUCCUCCUCUGCAUUCAACCACAUCCUGUCGGAUGUGUCCCUGGUGGUGUAUCAGUUUGAGGCGCUGGCAGGCUUCAGCGCCAUCAUAGACCGUCUGGGAGAGUUCUCAGAAGUGGUGGACAACUUUGCAUCCCCGCCCGAGGCUGAUGCGCUGCCGGGUGCAGCCAGCAGCAAUGGAGCAGAAGCCUCAAAGAUAGAUCUUGUCGACCGGCCGCACCAUGCCAGCUCUGCAAAGCUGCUGAGCCUGGAGAGUGUGACUCUCAGGACACCCAAUGGCAUGAGGACCCUUGUGCAGGACCUCACCCUGCAGGUAGGGGCAGGCGAGUCGCUGCUCAUUGUGGGACCAAGUGGGACCGGGAAGACAUCUCUGCUGCGCGCAAUUGCAGGCCUUUGGUCCAGCGGUUCUGGCACAAUCACCAGGUAUGGGAAGCCUAUAGCGGCAGAUGGAACAGGCGGCGACAUUCUCUUUGUCCCCCAGAGGCCCUACAUGGUGCUGGGCACGCUGCGAGAGCAGCUGUUGUACCCAACAUGGUCCACUGUGCCUUCCUCAUCAACAGCCACCAGGUGCGCAUGCCCUCCUCAGAUCAACGGGACUGGAUCCGCGACCGGGUUGGACUCCCUGGCUGACUGGGCUGGCGUGCUGUCGCUGGGGGAGCAGCAGCGGCUGGCCUUUGCCCGGAUUCUUCUGUUGAAGCCAAGGCUUGUGCUGAUGGACGAGGCCACUAGUGCGCUGGACAUUGGCAAUGAGGAGAUCUUGUACCGAGCCAUUGCAGGAGCAGGUGUCACCUUUGUCAGCGUUGGGCACAGGCCAACCCUGGCAGAAUUCCAUCAACGAGUGUUGCGCCUCAAUCCCACCUCAGGUGGUUUAGAUGUGGAGCAGUCUGCUACCUGGGAAGUGCAAGCCACAGCAUGA